GAUCUAUUAUUAUUUAUAUGGAUCUAAAUCCGAGUCACUGUUUUGGAUCUAAAUCCGAGUCACUGUUUUUAAGUAUUUUCAUUUUACAACAUUCACUUCCUUUUCCACCUUUUCCGUUCUUUUUAGUCCCGGACUUCAUUGAGAACGGUUGCCUAAUUUCAAAAUGCCGGGAGGUGUUCCCACUCUUCACAGUAAGACUUAUACUGCCCCACGUCGUCCUUUUGAGAAGGAACGUCUUGACCAAGAGUUAAAACUUAUUGGUGAAUAUGGUCUUCGUAAUAAACGUGAAGUUUGGAGAGUCAAGUAUACAUUAGGAAAAAUCAGAAAAGCAGCCAGAGAGUUGUUGACACUUGAUGAAAAAGAUCAAAAGCGUCUAUUCGAAGGUAAUGCUCUCCUCCGCCGACUUGUUAGGAUUGGUGUGCUUGAUGAGGGCAAAAUGAAACUUGAUUACGUUUUGGGUCUUAGAUUGGAAGAUUUUUUGGAGCGUCGACUUCAAACUCAAGUUUUCAAAUUAGGUCUUGCCAAAAGUAUCCACCAUGCUCGUGUGCUUAUUAGACAGAGACACAUCAGAGUUCGUAAACAGGUUGUCAACAUCCCAAGUUAUGUUGUUCGUUUGGACUCUCAGAAGCACAUUGAUUUUUCAUUGAAGUCUCCGUAUGGUGGAGGCAGACCUGGCCGUGUCAAGAGGAAGAAUGCUAAGAAAGGUCAGUCUGGUGGAGCUGCUGAAGAUGAAGAGGCUGAAGAUUAAUUUAACAAGCUACAUAAACUGUCUACUGUGCAAAUUAAAUUUACUUUCAAAUACA